GUGAGGACAGACAAGAAAGAGCUCCCUGUGGACCGCCAGGCAUCUCAGCGAAUGAUAGCUCAGCCUUAUCAAACCAUAGGUGGUUCCAAUAAUUACCUGCAUCUGUCCGUGCCCUCAGUGGAGCUCAAAGCUGGCGAUAACCUGAACAUCAACUUCCACUUGCGAACAGAUGGAAAUAACAUGAACCAGCAAAUUCACUACUUCACCUAUGUGAUCAUGAACAAAGGAAUGAUAUUGAAAGCCGGGCGCCAGAAUCGUCAGCCAGGCCAGGAUGUGGUGGUGCUCACCCUGCCCCUCACAACUGACUACAUCCCCUCCUUCCGAGUGGUGGCCUAUUACCAGUUGACUCGAAAUGGCCAAAAGGAGCUUGUGGCUGACUCUGUAUGGGUGGAUGUCAAAGACACUUGCAUUGGCAAGCUGGUGGUAAAAGGAGCAGGGAAUGUGGAUAAACACCAGCCCGGGAAACAGGCCACGCUGAAGAUUGAAGGUGAUCAUGGAGCCCGAGUGGGGCUUGUGGCUGUGGACAAGGGGGUAUUUGUUCUGAACAAGAAGAAUAGAUUUACCCAGAGCAAGAUCUGGGACACAGUGGAGAAUGGAGACAUUGGCUGUACUCCAGGCAGUGGACAGAAUUAUGCUGGAGUGUUCAAAGAUGCUGGACUUGCUCUCAAGACCAACAUGCAACUUCAAACAGAACAGCGGUCUGACCCUGAGUGCCCACAGAACAAGCCAUCCAAGCGCAGGCGACGCUCUGUCCAGCUCAUGGAGAUAAGGAAUGACAAAGCUGGCCAGUAUAAGGACAGAAACUUGAGGACAUGCUGUGAGGAUGGCAUGCGUCCAAACCCCAUGAGAUACACAUGUGAAAGAAGGACAAAGUACAUCUUAGACAGUGAGGAAUGCAUCAAAGCCUUCUUGGACUGCUGUAACUACAUCACCAAGAUUCGUCUGCAGAAACAAAGAGAAAACAUCCUCAACUUGUCUCGAAGUGAUCUAGAUGAUGAUAUUGUGCCAGAAGAAGACAUCAUCUCCAGAAGCCAGUUUCCAGAGAGCUGGCUAUGGAUUGUGGAGCCUUUAUUAGAGAAGCCAGAUAAGAAUGGAAUCUCUACCAAGUCUCUCAAUGUGUUCCUCAAAGACUCCAUCACAACCUGGGAGAUUCUGGCUGUAAGCUUGUCAGAGACCAAAGGGAUCUGUGUGGCUGACCCCUAUGAGAUCACCGUGAUGCAAGACUUCUUCAUUGACCUUAGAAUGCCGUAUUCCGUGGUACGCAACGAACAGGUGGAGAUCCGCGCAGUGCUCUACAACUACAGAGAAUUUGAGACCCUCAAG